AUGUUGAGACCUAAGAUUGUCAUUAAAGCAAAUAAUGAUGAUUACGAGCUAUUCUUCAAGUCCUUUCGACAAAAUGCUCCGAAAAAUCUCGCAGGUACAUUUGAUGACGGUGUCAAUCUCGCUGCACAAUUAGAUCCUGAGUAUGUGCCACGCGAUAAAAAUUUAAGCCUUGAUGAAAUUACACAGGCACCACAUGCAUUACUUUAUGUAUUCAGUUGCGCAUCAAGACAGAUCUACGUUUCGAAAUUCCAGCAAGAAAUUAGAUCAUGGCUGCGUCAAAAUACAAAAUUAUAUAUUCAUCCACUUGUUGUGUUUAUUAAUGAUCCAAAAAUUACAAAAUCAAAGAAUAUUUUCAGCGGUUUCAACAGUUUUUAUCAACUUCUUAAUGAAGAGAUUCCAAAACUCAUGACAGUACUUUAUUCAUCCGAAGGAAUUCCAAAAGAAGAAAUGGCGAAAGUUUGGGCAGCCGUUACCGAUGAAAUUCGAAAUUCUUAUCAAGAUCGAAUUAAUUUCCUCAAAGAUAACAUCAGACAAAUCGAUAGUGUCGAUACAAUCCGUACCUACGUAAAUCUAUCACUUCUUUAUCAACAAGCAACUCUUUAUAAUCGAACAAUCGAAUUUUCUCAAAUGAGUUUUGAAGUUAUUCAAAAUUCACCUAAAUUCUUCAAAUCCUUCUUCUCAGACAAGUCAUUUUCCUAUCCUUUCGACUUUACAACUCAAAUCGAAGACUAUGAAAAAGCAAUUGUCGAAUCCAUGGCCGGACAUUACGAUAUCCUAUACGUACUUUUCAAGAGGGAAAUCCAAAACCUCAAACAUUUGAGAAGAACCGAUUCAUGCGUGAAAAAAGCCCUGGAUUUCCUUGUUUACAUCAACGGAUGUGCCAAUAGCGGUGAUGCUUUCUAUAACGCACCUGAACCUGCCUUCCAUUAUUGGCUUUGCCAGGCAUUGACAAAUAUUAUUGCGGUUUGUAAGUCAGAUGAAGGCGGGGAGCUCAGCAAGUUCAUGAUUUCCACGACAAACUGGUAUCUCCGAGAGUUAGAGACCCUGUUUAAUAUUGUAAAAUCAUCAGAAAAAACAAAAGUCAGUAAUAGCUUCUUAGUUAUAUCAAGAAUCGUCGAAUCCCAAGACUCUUACAUCAAAGAAGUAAUUUCGAAACUUACUACUCUGAUAAAUGUCGCAAAUAAUUUGGCACUAUUUCGUAUUCAGGCUUUGGCAUGUUUUGAGCUUCUAAAAUUAACGAAAGAUAAAAUGCAACUCUUCCAAACAGCGAUUUCUACGUUUGUUAAGUACGGGUACUACAAUUUACUACCUGAUAUUACAAAAGAACAGAUGUCAGAGCUUCCAAAGGAUUUACAGCUUAAUUGUGCGUUCAACUUUUUAGCUGCGAAGGCUACGAAGUACUACGACCUUGCUUUUUCCAUUUUGGAAGAAAAUUUGACUGGAUACAAAGGUCCGACCAUUUAUUUAAACACAUCCCUCCCAAUAAAAAUCAGUCUUGACUACAAACCGUUUACUAUUGGUAAAUACGGUAAAAUAAAAGCGAAAAUAAACUGGGAUUUCCCAGGAAAGCUUCCUGUCGAGCUUUUCUGCAUCGGAUUCGAUAACGUGAGACACGACCAUCACAUGGAGAACAAAAUUGUCUAUAAUUGGUUCACCUGCAAAGAAGCAGUUUUAUAUGACGGUGCAAAACUACGACUUACGGGAGCAUUCCAUGAAGCAUUCAAUACUCCUCAAGUUGUUGGUUUCCGCAGCAAAGAUUUACAGAUCAUUAUCUCUUUUCCUCCUAAUGAUAUCAUUCUUAUUGCAAAUCCAUCGCCAAAAGACGUUGAACUGGCGAUCGAUAUGCCAGAAUACCUCCUCCCCAACAGAACCCAGCACGCGCAAAUCAUUGUAACUGCAAAUGCAACAAUUCCAAACUUGGCAUUGACAGUUUCAGGCCUUAUUUCGCAUACAGCGCGUCUUAGAUUGCAAGAUGGAGGUAUGAUUGAGCCGACAACAGGUCUAACAUUCGAAAAUGUCCCUGUUGGAAGACAUACAAUGAUUUUGCCAAUUUUGGCUCAACAUAGCGGAACAUUACAUGUCGAAGCUAACGGAGUAAAGGCCUCUGCUGACUUUACUGUUAUGGAUAUCCUUGAAUUGAAAGUUAUUUACAAUCCAGAAACUAAAUCUGCCGAAUUGAUAAGUUCUCUCCAGGCACAUUCAGAAGUAAAGAUCAUAGAGGUCAGUUUCGUCGGUAAAGAAAACCAGGCAAUCGAAUGCAAACCGUUUGGAGUUCCAUUUACCGUGGAAGAGAAUUCUUCUUACGCCGUUUUCCUACUUGAAAGUGAACCCCAGACAGCAAAUGUCUUGGUCCAACACGGUAUUUUGAAGCCAUUCAUUUUGAGUAUCGACUGUGAAACAAUUGGCGAAGGAGAGAGUGUCGUCAAAGAACAGAUUACACCUCCAAUAACACCAUUUGUACCAGUAGAUUUCAAAUUGGCACUUCAAAGUACUGGUUAUAGCGAAAAUGAUAAUAAUUAA